AUGGUUGUAUCCGUGAAGGUCUUCAAGAAGGCCACGCCCAACGGCAAGGUCACCUUCUAUCUGGGCCGCCGCGACUUCAUCGACCACAUCGACUACUGUGAUCCCGUCGAUGGAGUGAUUGUCGUGGAGCCGGACUACCUGAAGAACAGGAAGGUCUUUGGCCAACUGGCCACCACCUAUCGCUAUGGUCGCGAGGAGGACGAGGUCAUGGGAGUGAAGUUCUCCAAGGAGCUAAUCCUGAGCCGCGAGCAAAUCGUGCCCAUGACCAAUCCCAACAUGGAGAUGACACCGAUGCAGGAGAAGCUGGUCCGCAAACUGGGCAGCAACGCCCAUCCGUUCACCUUCCACUUCCCGCCCAACUCGCCCAGCUCCGUCACUCUGCAGCAGGAGGGCGACGACAACGGAAAGCCCCUGGGCGUGGAGUACACCAUCCGGGCAUUUGUGGGCGAUUCCGAGGACGAUCGCCAGCACAAGCGCAGCAUGGUCAGUCUGGUUAUCAAGAAGCUGCAGUACGCUCCCCUCAAUCGUGGCCAGCGUCUGCCCAGCUCGCUGGUCAGCAAGGGAUUCACCUUCUCGAACGGCAAGAUUAGCUUGGAGGUCACGCUGGACAGGGAGAUCUACUACCACGGCGAGAAGACGGCUGCCACCGUCCAGGUGUCGAACAACUCCAAGAAGUCGGUGAAGAGCAUCAAGUGCUUCAUUGUGCAGCACACCGAGAUCACCAUGGUGAACGCGCAGUUCAGCAAGCACGUGGCCCAGCUGGAGACCAAGGAGGGCUGCCCCAUCACUCCGGGCGCCAAUCUCACCAAGACCUUCUACCUGAUUCCGCUGGCGGCCAACAACAAGGAUCGCCACGGUAUCGCCCUGGAUGGACACUUGAAGGACGAGGAUGUCAACCUGGCCUCGUCCACCAUGGUGCAGGAGGGCAAGUCCACGGGAGAUGCCUGUGGUAUUGUCAUCUCGUACUCGGUGCGCAUCAAGCUGAACUGCGGCACUCUGGGAGGCGAAAUGCAGACGGAUGUGCCCUUCAAGCUGCUCCAACCGGCACCGGGAACCAUUGAGAAGAAGCGCUCGAAUGCCAUGAAGAAGAUGAAGUCCAUCGAGCAGCACCGCAAUGUGAAGGGCUACUACCAGGAUGACGACGACAACAUUGUAUUCGAGGACUUCGCCAAGAUGCGCAUGAACAAUGUCAACAUGGCGGACUAG